AUGGCAAGCAAAUACGUUUUCCAAGAAUGUACAUAUACAGAUGUGCCGCCAAUUUAUCCAACAAAUCAACCUGCUACCGCAACACAAAUAUCGAAUGCUGAAACAAAAGAAAUGCCAAAAGCAGAACCGAUUGAAGAACUCACUAUGAUUAUUCGUAUCAAAUUCGAAUAUUCAGAAUUAAAACAAUUUGUUGAUAACUUGAAUACGCCUGAUCCUGACAAUCCCUUGGUCAUCAAUAACAAACCCAUUUCGGUAUUUCAUCUUUACGCACUUCGAUCGACUAGUAAACCAAUCGACAUGAGUAACCAAACUGAACGUCUAGUUUAUCGACCAAAUUUACUCAUACGUAGAAAUGAUAAGUUUGGACCUUGGAAUUUUAAUCGUCUACUCAACCUAAUAGAAUUAGAUUAUCGACCUGGUACAAAAGGAAAUCAAUUUCCUAAACUAUGGUAUACAACAACAAGUACUUCUGUUUCGGUAACUAUUAUUCCUUACGCCGAACCAACGAAUGAUGGAACCGAAGUUGAUACUUCGACCGAUUCUUCCGAAGCGAUGAAUACUCUCGAAGAUCUUCUCAAGUCUAUUAGCCACCAGAAUAAUUAUGGUUACGAAGAUGUAGAAAAUUGGUUAAAAGAUCUAAAAGGUGAAAAUAUCACAAAAAUUGAACACCUUCAAAACGCGGUGAUGAAUGAAAGUCUUUGGGAGAAGCUCAAUGGAGUGAGACCUGCAGUGAAACAACUGAUUUAUGAUUAUGUACAAUUGAAUACCGUUGGAAUAAGUGGUUCUAAUGAAGUUGCUAAUUACAAGAAAUCGAAAGCUACACUAUUAGCUGAUAUUCACCGAGUGAAGCGUUAUUUUUAUGAUGCCAUUGGCAAAAGAGAUCGAUUAACAUAUCUCGAUCUGAAAGCAGUAGAUUCAGCUAUCCAGGAGCUGCGUGAAUUCUAUGCUGAUGAUGGAAACAUAAUCAACACUAUAAAAGAAUAUUUGUACACGUUUUGUAAUCCAACUGAAUGUUUUACUGAGGAAGACAUCGAAAGAGAGCGAAAAAAGGUAUCAAGUGAAAUAGAAAAACUAGGGUGCAAAGCUAAUGAAUUGGAGAAAGAAGAGAAAGUCGCAAGAAACAGAUCUGACUGUCUAACAAAUGAGUACAAAAUCCUUGAAGCUCGUUGGAAAAACAAAUGCGACGAGGAAGAAGAUGCAAAAGCGGAAUUCUUAGGUCUUACACGGAAUGCCCCACUUUCUAGGAUGAAAAUAGAUGAGGCUCUGGAGAAGCAAGAGGGCUUGAAGAAUCAGAAGGAAGAAAUUGAGUCCGCAAAGAAAAAGAAAUUUGCCGAACUCAAUGACGCAACGAAACAAAGUAACCAACUGGCUGAAGAUCUGGAAAAGACAAGGAAAGAUAUUAGCGAUCGGGAAUCCAGGUUGGCACUUAUCAACGCUGAUGAACAUCGGAAACUGAAAAUCAAAAUCGGCCGUGGUCUACUUCUCUAUGGACCACCAGGAACAGGAAAGUCGGAAAUACUGAAGAGAGCAGCUGUCUAUGCAGGCAUCACACCCACAACUGUACCACUGGCAGCUGGUGAACUCAACCGACCCUAUGUAGGUGAAACAGAAAAGCUUCUCAUCGACAUUAUGUAUCGUGCCAAUACCAUUCCAUAUCUCAUGUGUGCCAUGACUAUUGAUGAAAUCGAUGGACUAGUACCAAAACGAGAUAACAAUGCACAACAAUCGAAAGUCGAUGGAAUCAGUGUUCUUCUUUCGCAUAUCGAAGGAGUGAAAAAUAUUCCCAAUUUAGUUGUAUUUGGUGCAACCAAUCGACGAAAUAUGAUGGACGAUGCCUUUCUACGACGUAUGCAAGCGAAGUGUUUUGUCGGUCGACCAUCACCUGCUAUUCGUAAGAAAAUGCUUCGACCACUGCUAACUAAAGAUCCCAAAGACUUCAACGAGGAACGACUGGAUUUUCUUGUUAAAAUUACAACAAACUUUAGCGGUGCAGCAGUGGGUGCAUUACAGUCGAGCAUUCUUAAUUUUCUUGGUAGCACUAGAAAAUCAACACCAUUAUCUAACCAUACACUACUUUCGCUUGCCAAUAACACAGCUCGAGAGUUUAGCUGUUGGUUUGGAAGUAGCACUCUACCUGAAAUUUGUCGUAUUUAUCCCAACAUCUUCCAAACAAAUGCAACCAAUAAUCAACCUCCACAAUUCUCAUUGGUUCUUCAAAGAAAAAAACCAUCAGGACGAAUUCUAAUUGAUCUACAAGAAAGAAAAUGCUUCAUCGAACUAUCUAAUGGGCCCACAAUGGAAGAAAAAUUGUUGGAUGCUGAAACAUCACUAGUGACUUUGUUCGCACGCAUCAUCAACGGUUGUUCUAGUCGAAAUAUCGAUAGCAUCCAAAUCAUCGAUACAGAUUUCUUGUCGAAGAACACGGCAUUUGAUGAGAACAAGAUCAUUGAACUACUCGCAACAACAUUCGCUGAAUGUGAUGAAUACAAUCGUUCAAUGUUCGUUUUUGACAUUGAUUCACUUAUUACACUGAGUAUCAAUGAUUCGAACAUGUCUCAAUCAACAUCCAUCUCAAAUAUUCAACUCUAUCGAAAUAUCCGUGAGAAAUGUAAACAAGCAUUUGUUGAGAACAAACCGGAUAAUUGUGCUAACAACUUUAUUGCAAAACAAAAAUGGAUUGUCAUNCUAUUCUCGAUCCAUUCAUUUGACUUUAGCUUUCUUAAUCCAUGA